UCCCCUGCCACCCUGGUGCUCCUGAGCCAAGGAACGCGGGCGGUGGUCGCGGGGAGGGGAAGGGGAGCCCCGGGAGACGGCAGCAGGAUGGGCGGGCGGCCCUCAAGCCCUCUGGAUAAACAACAACGGCAGCACCUAAGGGAUCAGAUGGACACCCUGCUGAGGAACUUCCUGCCCUGCUACCGCGGGCAGCUGGCAGCAUCAGUCCUUCGGCAGAUCUCCCGAGAGCUGGGCCCCCAGGAGCCGGCUGGAAGUCAGUUGCUACGAAGCAAAAAGCUGCCCCGAGUCCGUGAGCACCGAGGACCCCUGACCCAGCUUCGGGGACACCCGCCCCGGUGGCAGCCAAUCUUCUGUGUUCUGCGUGGGGACGGCCGCCUGGAGUGGUUCAGCCACAAGGAGGAAUAUGAAAAUGGGAACCGCCCCCUUGGCUCCACAGCCCUGACGGGAUACACACUCCUGACUUCCCAGCGUGAAUAUCUCUACCUUUUGGAUGCUCUCUGCCCGGCCUCCUUGGGAGACCAUACUCAGGAAGAGCCUGACUCCCUCUUGGAAGUGCCUGUGAGGUUCCCCCUAUUCCUCCAGCACCCCUUCCGCCGGCACCUCUGCUUCUCUGCAGCCACCAGGGAGGCACAGCAUGCCUGGAGGCUGGCACUGCAGGGUGGCAUCCGGCUUCGGGGCACAGUCCUGCAGCGAAGCCAGGCCCCUGCUGCCCGGGCCUUCCUGGACGCCGUCCGACUCUACCGGCAGCACCAAGGCCACUUUGGCGACGACGACGUGACCCUAGGUUCAGACGCCGAGGUGCUGACCGCGGUGCUGAUGCGGGAGCAACUUCCCGCGCUGCGAGCCCAGACCCUUCCUGGCCUGCAGGGGGCCGGCCGCGCCCGCGCCUGGGCCUGGACCGAGCUUCUGGAGGCCGUUCACGCAGCUGUCCUGGCCGGGGCCUCCGCCGGGCUCUGCGCCUUCCAGCCCGAAAAAGAUGAGCUGCUUGCGUCGCUGGAGAAGACGAUCCGCCCGGACGUGGACCAGCUGCUGCGGCUGCGGGCGCGCGUGGCUGGGCGGAUGCGGACGGAUAUCAAGGGACCGCUCGAGUCGUGCCUGCGCCAGCAUGUGGACCUGCAGCUGCCCCGGGUCGCUCAGACCCUGCUGGACACCGUGGAAGCCUUGCUCAAGGUGGUGCGGACCCUCCUGGCUCAAGGCAUGGACCGACUGUCCGGCCACCUGCGCCAGAGCCCAUCGGGCACGCGGUUGCGCAGGGAGGUUUACUCAUUCGGGGAGAUGCCGUGGGACUUGGCGCUGAUGCAGACAUGCUACCGUGAGACUGAGCGGAGCCGGGGGCGCUUGGGGCAGCUGGCAGCACCGUUUGGCUUCCUGGGAAUGCAGAGCCUCGUGUUUGCGGCCCAGGAUCUUGCACAGCAGCUCAUGGCUGAUGCCGUGGCCACCUUCCUGCAGCUGGCCGACCAGUGUCUGACCACAACCCUCAACUGUGACCAGGCUGCCCAGAGGCUGGAGAGAGUCAGGGGGCGCGUGCUGAAGAAGUUCGAAUCGGACAGCGGGCUGGCGCAGAGGAGGUUCAUCCGAAGCUGGGGUCUCUGCAUCUUUUUACCUUUUGUGCUGAGCCAGCUGGAGCCAAGCUGCAGGAAGGAGCUGCCUGAGUUUGAGGGGGAUGUCCUUGCCGUGGGCAGCCAGGCUCUGACCACCGAGGGCAUCUAUGAGGACGUCAUCCGCGGGUGCUUGCUGCAGAGGAUUGACCGAGAAUUGAAAAAGGCCCUUGGUGCCAAUGAUGUAUCCUGCACUCUAGAUGGCUGCUUGGAGGUCCCAUGGGAACAGGAGGAAGCAGAUGAGGAAACUGAGGCUGAGCGAGAAGGAGCGACCUGUCCCGGGCAGCCAGGCUCUGGUGCCCAGAUCCAGCCACGCGGCCCGCCGUCUUCUCGAGAAACACUCCAUAGCUGAAUCUUCACCGGAAUCUAUCUUGUUUCUAUUAGAUAAAUGUCUACAAGAGGAAUUUUUGGGCCAAAAUGGAUGUGCCAUCUUUAGGCUUUUGUACCCACUGCCCAUCCAGAAAACUGUGCCAUUUUAUACUCC